CACAAUAUUUUCAUCCAAUUUUAACCAAACUAGUCAAGUAAAGGACCUAAUUUAUGAUUCCUACUUUUGGUUGAAGAAUUUCUGGUGUCUCCACUGGUGUUUUGAAGAUGUCAGAGGAAGAUGGCUUCCCCUCGAAGCGACCACGCCUUGAAAGAGACAACUAUUCAAUUACAAACAAUAACAGUGAAUCAGAUGUCCCAUCGACCAGUGGGGUUGUAGUGGCUGGGUGUUCUACAUCUCAGGAAGUGUGUAAACAAAGCCAUUCUGUACCAAGAAACUGUGCUUUAGAGACAGAGUCACCCAUUGGUCAGCCUGUGCCAACAUUAUCCAAUCAGGGUAAUGCUGCCGAAUCACCUGCCAAUGAGGGACCAGGACAGAGUAGAGCACUGGAUAUGACAGUGAGUGAAACAAUACAACAAGUUGCUUCCCCUUCCUCUAGUAAAGAUCACACUGAAGAGACCAAUGAAAGCACUGUGACCCAGCCUUCAAUAGCCAAUGAAAUCACAGACUCAGACAAAGCAGCCAGUCAGAAACCAGGACAGCCAGCCAAUGAGGUUACAGAAUCACCUUUUGCAGAAGUUGUCACAGUGGACAGGUCCAUUGCAAUGAAAUUCCUUCAGAUUGAGGCAAACUUGUGCGAGACACUGAGACACCUCGUGUUUCGGGAUCCGGUCACACAUUUGUACAAUCCUCUGGACUACGCACGUGAGACACACAAGGACUAUGUCAUGAAGUACUGCUGUUCUCACAAAGAUGUGCUGUUCUUGGGGAUGAACCCUGGUCCUUUUGGGAUGGCACAGAAUGGGUAG